UUCCUUGAACUAGAAAUGCUUUCGAUUCACCACAAGCCUUUCACUUUCUCUUAACAGUGGAAGUGUUGAGUACGCGUUGUUCAACUAGUUAUUCAAGUUCAACUAGUUAUUUUCGCUCGAUGAGCUUUAAAAGAGCUCUGAGGGUUUUGUGCUGGGGUCUGUAUAGGUUUUUUCGUGCUUUGCCUGCUUUGGGUUGGCGUGUUCUUAGUAAAUUUAGUUUGAGAUUUACUCGUCAGAUUAACAUGUCAGGUGAUGAGUGCGAGUAUGACUCUACAUGGGAGGAUGGAGACGAAUAUAAAAAACACAGGAAGAAGAACGUUCACCACUAUGGAGAGAGUCGCAGGAACAUGUUUGCCGCAAGGGACAUGCAAAAAUUUCGACAUAGUUGCCGGGGCUUGGAUAAUAUUAGUGAUGAUGAUGAUGGUGCUGGUGAACAAGAUACAGACUACUUCUAUAACCUAGAAUUUUACCGUGGUAAUAUAAGAUCUUCCCCUGAUGAACUUUACAUCAGUGAUUUUCACCAGCAGUGGCAGGGUCAAUAUGAAUGGCUGGAAGAUGUCCACUCCUACAUUCAAUGGUUGUUUCCAAUACAAGAGCCGGGGGUGAAUUGGAGAGCACAUGUGCUCUCGAAAAAGGAAAUAAAGCUUUUCCGUAAAGACGAAGAAGCAAAGAAAAAAUUGGUGCAAUCAUAUAAGCUCAUGUUGGAUUUCUACGGUAUACAUUUGACCGAUGAAUCAACAGGAAAGGUGACUCGUGCUCCUAACUGGAAGGACCGCUUUAGAAACCUGAACAGACAUACACAUAACAACUUGCGCAUCACACGCAUCCUGAAGUGCUUGGGGACUCUAGGAUUGAAGCAUUACCAGGCACCUCUGGUCAGGUUUUUCCUCAAUGAAACUCUUGUCAUGGGAGAGCUUCAAAAUGUGAAGAAAAGUGCAUUAGAUUACUUUAUGUUUGCUGUAUUGGACAAAUCAGACAGAAGAGAGCUGGUUAAAUUUGCCUACGAGCAUUUCAAUCCUCAGAAAAACUUUGUCUGGGGUACCAUGAAGAUUCUGUCAGGUCAGGUGGAUAAACAAAACUGCAAAAACGAAAACAUGGACCAGCCAACAGAGAAUAAUAGUAGUAAUGCAGAAGAUCAGCAGAAAAGGGAGAAUCUCCAUGAAAGCAAACACAAAACUAACAAAACAGACACCAGUCAUCCUCUUAAAGAGAUGCAAAGUAAAAAAGAUAACCAAACUAAAGAUGAGCAAGUUACUCCAAACACAUUGACAGAAACAAAUAGUGAAAAUGAAAAUGAGGGUGUAGUAAAAAAAAAAAAUCAAGAUUUGAGUGUUGGGGUCGGUGAAGAUAAUGAAAACACACCAUCAGCAAACAAGUCUCAUGGUCAUGGUGCUGUUAGUGGUUCUCACCAAACUGAAGACAAGAGAAAAAAAGAUCACCAAAAUAACGAUGAGCCAGCUAUUCCAAAAAAAUCAACAGAAACAAAUAGUGAUCAGUUGGAAAAUAAAGACAGACAAUGCAGCUCAGAAAAUGGGGAUGUAGUAAAGCAAAAUCAUGAAAUUAGUGUAAGUGAUGAUAAUGAAAACAUAGCACCGGCUAACAAGUCUCAUGAUCAUGAUGCUUUUGAUGGUUCUCACCAAACUGAAGAGGGGUCUGUAUGUCAGGUGCAUGAUGAAAAAUUGAAGGAUGAAACUGAAGAUAAAGGAUUACAAGAUAACAAAAAAAGGUUGAAUCCCCAUGAGAGCGAACAUGAGGAUAGUCAUUCUCUUGAAGAGAUAAAAAGUACAAAAGAUCACCAAAAUAAAAGUGAGACAGUUAUUUCAAACAAAUUGACAGAAUCAAAUAGUGUCAAUGUUAGUGAUGAUAACAAAAACACAGCACCAGCGAACAAGUCUCAUGGUCAUGAUGCUGCUAGUGGUUCUCACCUAACUGAAGAGAAGAGAAAAAAAGAUCACCAAAAUAACGAUGAGUCAGCUAUUCCAAAAAAAUCGACAGAAACAAAUAGUGAUCAGUGGGAAAAUGAGAGCGGACAAUGCAGCUCAGAAAAUGGCGAUGGAGUAAAGCAAAAUCAUGGAAUGAGUGAUGAUGAUGGUGUCGGUGUUAGUGAUAAUAAUGAAAACAUAGCACUGGCUAACAAGUCUCAUGGUCAUGAUGCUUUUGAUGGUUCUCACCAAACAGAAGAGGGGUCUUCAUGUCAGGGGCAUGAUGUGGAAAUGAAGGAUGAAACUGAAUAUAACGGAUUAGAAGAUAACCAAAAAAGGUUGAAUCCCCAUGAGAGCGAACAUGAAGUUGAAAAAAUAGGGGCUAGUCAUUCUCCUGAAGAGAUGAAAAGUAAAAAAGAUAAGCAAAAUAAGAAGGAGCCAGUUAUUCCAAACGAAUCGACAGAAGCAAAUAGUGUCAAUGUUAGUGAUGAUAAUGAAAACACAGCACCAGCAAACAAGACUCAUGGUCAUGAUGCUGCUAGUGGUUCUCACCAAACUGAAGUGGGGUCUUCAUGUCAGGUGCAGGACGUCGAAAUGAAGGACGGAACUGAAAAUAAACAUGAAAAAUCAGAAAAUGAGCAGUAAAGGGUGAUGCCAGUUAGUCCAAACAAAUUGACAGCAAUAAAAAAUGACUUAUUAGGGAGCGAAUGAGAGCAGCUCAGAAAAUGGAAGUGUAGAAAAGCAACGUCAAGAGAUGAGUGAUUGUGAUGAUAUCGAUUUUUAACACCAGCAAACAUGUCUCAUGGUGAUGAUGUUAGUGGUCCACAUCAAACUAAAGAGUCUUCAUGUGAGAUGUCUGACACGUCUCAUGGGGAUGAUAAGGAUGGGUUUAUGGACAAAAAUAUAUUGUGAUGUCCUUUAUGAGUUAAGUUAUACUGCUAUUCUUAAAGAUGACUGUUUUUUUUCUUGCUUAGCAGAUUGUCAUAAGGGAAAAAAUAGCAUUAUAAAAGUACAUAUUAGGAAAUGUAAUAUAUUGAUUUUUGUCUUUUUUAUGGAUUGUAGUGAUGAAUUGUUAAUAUACUGAUAAAUUGUUAAUUGUUAAAUUGCUGUUAACUGCUAAAAAGUUUAAUUUAAUCUCUUCACCGACAAAA